UUGCUGAGGGCUGUGAGCUCCUGGGCUCCACUUGACAUUUCAUCACAUAGUCGUCAUCUAGAUUUCGUAAACAGCCACGAUUUGGACUCCUCGACUUGCUAGACCCGUAUUGAAUUCCGCAUGAUUGUCGGUCGUUGGAGAUAUAUAUAUGUGAUCUGAGGCGGAGACGGUAUUCUCACAUUCGGGCAUGACCUGGGUAGCGAAGUUAUGAUUGCCAGAUUAUCGAUUGUUCACUUGGUGAGAUUCGUCUCAAGCUGGAUUGUCUGGCAAACGGUCAUCCUAGACUACAAUGUAAAGGUUUUUACAGAGUUUGUCGCUUUCUUCAACCUACUGAUGGCGGAAGCUACCGCAAGAAGUAGCGAUGUGGAUCAUAAAGACUGCGCAAGUGCAGCGCAAAAUGGAAUGAGGGUUCUCUCUCCAUUGCUAUUCGGACACGCCGCGGCAAUGACACUUAAGACUGCGGUGGUGCUCAACAUCCCUGACAUACUUGCACGAGCUGAACCCGAGAGAGGAGCUCUCUCCGUGCACGAAAUAUCCAAAGAGCUUCCCAGUGAUUCCGUAGACGAGCAAGUGCUUCACCGAGUCAUGAGGACGUUGGUGCACCUCAAAGUGUUCUCCGCAGAACGAGUGUCGGAGUCUGGUACAACAGUUGCUCGGUAUGGACUGACGCCUGCUUCAAGGAGGUUGGUGCAGGAGAACAAUAGUCGGAGCCUUGCGCCGUUGCUGAUGUACUUAAAUUACAUAUCCUCCCACGUCCCCUGGCAGCAUUUGCACGAGAGUGUCUUGUAUGGGAAAGACGCUUGGGGAACAGCUUACGGAAUGACUUCUUGGGAGUACUCGGAUGUUGAUCCUGAGUACGGUGCAUUAUGGAACGCAUUUAACAAGGUUCAAGGAGCGCCGACGAUCGAAGCUCUGAAGCGCUACGACGGGUUCAAAGACGUGAAUGUUCUUGUAGACGUCGGGGGCUACCAGGGUGCCACCGUUGCAGCUAUAGUCGCUGCUCAUCCUCACAUUCGUGGAAUCAAUUUCGAUUUGCCUCACGUUAUAGCGGAGGCUCCCGAGUUUCCUGGAGUGGAACAUGUUUCUGGACAUUUGCUCGAAGGUGGUGUACCGAGUGGCGAUGCCAUGCUCAUGAAGAAUAUUGUGCAUCUCUUCAAGGACGAAGAGGCUGUCAAAGUCCUACAAAAUUGCAAGAAGGCGCUCACGGCGAAUGGGAAGUUGCUCAUCUAUGAUCCUGUGAUUCCAUCCGAAUUUGACGAGGGUGGUAGUCCAUAUGACGGAGUGCCGCCACUGAUGGAUCUGGGGCUACUGGUGUAUGGUAAAGUAGAUCGGACUGAGGAGCAGUGGCGAGCUUUGUUGGCAAGCGGUGGAUUCCCAAAUGCAAGUUUCGUUUGUCUGCAGCCGCAACACUGACUAAUUGAAGCCACCCAGUGAGGAUUACUAAUAAUUCUCUCAAUAUGUCCCCAUAAUCAGAAAAUUAGUAAUACAAUAGUUUCCUCUUAUUAAUAGCAGCGAAAGGUACACAAUGGUAACAUUUGUAAGAGGUAGGCAAACUCCUCUUUUAAGACGAGUUAUUUAAUCUGUAUAUAUCCAAA